AUGGAGGAAGUGGAGUCGUCAUCGGAGGAGUUCCCUGCAAAGAAGGCGAUGGUCGUCGAUGAAGUAGAGCAGCUGGAUAAAGGACGCGCUGAAUUGGCGCAGUAUAUACUCUAUACACAGUGCCGAGGAAAAGGUUGCAUCAAGGAAGCCGAGGUGAGACAGGUGCUUUCGAAAAUCCGAGCUGGAAUGAAACGAUCCCGGUGUAUUGACCGAACUGUUGAAUAUCUCGAGGGAUUUUUUGGCAUUAAGGUGUCAAAAGUGGAAACAUUGCAAGGAUUCCGCUUAUAUAUCGGAAAUGCAUUGGAAACAAACAACGAUGAGGCUUAUUCUGACAUAAAAAAUAGGCGAUCAGAUGAGGAAAAAGCAAAAUACGGAGUGCUGAUUGCAGUGCUGAUGUUUAUUUACAUGGUGCGUCGUCCAGGAGCGCAGACUUAUGCUGUUCCGGAAAAACUUUUCCGUGUCAGACCUUAA